UGCUCCCUUUUCUCUCUCUUUCCAUACCCGUCUCUCUGUGCCUCACGCACAAACACACUUGCUAAGUGGCAGGAGCGAAAGGCAGGGUCUCCGCGCAGACUUUGCCCGUCUACGGUCAUUCAGGCGCUUUGAUGCACCUUUCUCCUUGAACGCACCUUAUCGCUACAGUCCAUCCCUCCCUUGCUCUCUCUCACUCUGUCUCGAUUGUGCGCUCGCUCUGCUCUUGCCAGCCCAUUUUAGGACAGCAUGGUGAACAGAUAACCAACCUUGAAGUUGCCGACUGGUCACCAUGGGCGCCUGUCUCUGCAAAGGUCAGAAAGAGCUGGAGAGCACACCCGCAGUCCCUGGGACAGAACUGCAGCCCAACACUGAGGGCCAGCCCAUCGUCAAGGAUGGCCACCGACCUGCCAAUGGGACCCUUACAGACAGCAAGAGUAGGAGCAGUUAUAACAUUGGGGAGCUGGCCACAUCCUCCUUGCUGGGUCUGGUUGCCACCAUAAAGGAGCACAUCACCAAGCCGACGGCAAUGGCCCAGGGCCGGGUUGCUCACCUCAUUGAGUGGAAGGGUUGGGCCAGUGGGGGAGGGGCGACUUACUCAUCGGCCAUGUGGGGUGGUGCAAUGGGCAGCUGGGCAGGGGCAGGCGCAGGGCUGCAGGAGGACCAGCAGCUAUACUCCGACUUGACGGAUGAAAUCAAGGAGGCGCGGUUCGCCGCAGGUGUGGCACAGCAGUUUGCGCUGGCUGAGGCAACCCUGGGCGCUUGGUCCUGCCAGGAUAUUCCAGAUGGGUCCAACAGCAGUUAUGCUCCCUUGCAGGAUUCUGAUGGGAUCCUGCUCUCUCGGUACUUCUUCAGUCCUGGGGAUGUCGGGGCACCCCAGCACUGCUACAGCAGCGACAGUGGCCCCAUGUUUCCCCCAGUACCAGCUCAUUCACAGUCCCCCAAUGCCUGCUGGCAACCGGAUGCAGAGCUCCAACCACAAGAUCAGAGGACCUCGCGUCUGGAUGGCUCUAUCCGCCAUGCUGACAGUAGCUCCUUGUCUGAAGAUGAGGUCUUCUACGAUUAGACUUUGGCCACUGAUGCUGUGUCCCUCUCUCGAGCCCAGAAGCUUCAUCUGGAAAUAAUGCUGUACAUGGGAGUUUCACCCCCUCUGCAGCAGACAUGCUAUCUCUAUUGGAUUCUGCCUGCAGCUCAGAAAAUGUGAAGUAUCAAUAAGUGUUUUGUUGAUGGUUGAUGAAGUACCAGAGGUACUUGUGAGCAGAGAGAAAUCAAUACAAACUGCACUUGGUGCGGGUAUUGACUCGUUAUUUUCCAAUGGUGUUUUUGUGGUUGGAGGCUGACUCUCAGCCAAUACUUUUUUAUUUCACAGUGUGUAAACUAGACUGAAUA